CGUUUAGCCUAUUGAGACGGUAGCUUUGUUUCGUCCUCUGUGAGCGAAUUGAACUAAAACAAAUAACCUAAAAUUAAAAUAAGAUGGUUAACAUGUUAUUACUGACAAGACUGAGAUUGCCGAAUCGACGCCCCAUCACUGGAUCUGGCCGUUUUAACAAUGAAACGUUACAUAGUGGCGUUUGUAAAGCUCCUCUAUGCCGUAAAGGUAAGUAUGAAAUUAGUAUUAACACUCAAAGGCGUCACUAGGGUUGGUGCCACCUUGUGCGGUUGACUCUUGGUGUCACGCCCUCCGGCCCCCCGGCCCUCUGGCUCUCCCGGCCCCCAACAUCCCGACUUACACCCAGUAAUUGGGUAAUGUGAAGCGAUAGCUCCUCUCACGUGGCAUCACAGAUCAUGGUAAACAGUUAGUUGGUUUAAUGAGAGGACUGUCAGAGAUUCUGGGAAGCCCCAUUCAGCUGUGAAUAUCAACGCGUCAGAUACUGACCCAUCUUUAGCUUCGUCCAAAUGAAUAGCUGCUGCCUUCAGAUGGCUUCGCAGAUAAUUCAAUAAAAAGUUCACUAUCACAUCAUGCAUAACAAAAGGUGGUCUGUUUGCGAGUGGACACCAGUGUUUUCAGUUUGUGAGUGAAAUCCAGUGUGGUCAGUUUGGUAGUGGACUCCAGUGUGUCAAGUUUGGGAGUGGACUCCAGUGUGGUCAGUUUGGGAGUGGACACCAGUAUGGUCAGUUUGGGAGUAGACACCAGCGUUUCUGCUUCAGACGCCAAUAGAAGACUCUAGCCUUGGAGAGUUGCUUCCCUACUUCCUUUCGAUCUGGAGCUCAGAAUAAUAACGAUCAAUAUCCCCCAACCUUCGCCAUCUUGUUUUCUUCUUGGACUAUGAGUCCGACUUCCGUGAUCUCUCCCGUACCAGUGGCUGCACCACACCCAGACUUUACCACGAACCUCCUUCGAGUUUAUCUUCUCUGGUAACAACCCGUUUUGGUGGCACCCUGAUCUUCUGGCACCCUACUGUGGUGGCAUCAUGCUUUGGCGACACCCUGCUCUUGUGGCAUCCUACUGUGGUGGCAUCAUGCUUUGGUGGCACCCUGAUCUUGUGGCACCAUGCUUUGGCAGCACCCUGCUUUGGUGGCACCCUGCUUUGGUGGCACCCUGAUCUUGUGGUACGCUGCUUUGGUGGCACUCUGCUUUGGCGGCACCCUGCUUUGGUGGCACCCUGCUUUGGUGGCACCCUGCUCUUGUGGCAUCCUGCUUUGGUGGCACCCUGCUUUUUUGACACCUUGCUUUUUUGGCACCCUGCUUUAAUGGCACCCUGCUUUGGUGGCACCCUACUUUGGCGGCACCCUGCUUUGGACUGCUUUGGUGGCACCCUGCUCUUGUGGCAUCCUGCUUUGGUGGCACCCUGCUUUUUUGGCACCCUGCUUUUGUGGCACCCUGCUUUGGUGGCACCCUGCUUUGGUGGCACCCUACUUUGGCGGCACCCUGCUUUGGUGGUACUCUGCUUUGGUGGCACCCUGCUCUUGUGGCACCCUGAUUAGGUGGCACCCUGCUUUUUUUGCACCCAGCUGUGGUGGCACCCUGCUUUGGUGGCAUCCUGCUUUGGCGGCACCCUGCUUUGGUGGCACCACGCUCUAGUGAUACUCUUCUCUGCUGGCACCUUGCUCUUUUAUUCAACAGAGUAUGGAUAAGAAGUGGACUCGUCCGAAAUAUGUCACAUUUUCCAUUUGGUGUAAUCUCCUGUGAGGGGGUCAUACGGUGCCACCCCAUUUGGUGUAAUCCCCUGUGAGGGGGUCAUCCGGUGCCAUCCCAAUUGGUGUAAUCCCUUGUGAGGGGGUCAUCCGGUGCCAUCCCAAUUGGUGUAAUCCCCUGUGAGGGGGUCAUCCGGUGCCAUCCCAAUUGGUGUAAUCCCAUGUGAGGGGGUCAUCCGGUGCGGUCUACACACCCCUCUUGACGUCAUUGUUAACACCCAUGGCAAAUUUACUCCAAGCUUUUUCCUUUUGUUCUUUACUACUUUUUUUUUGUACUCGUACAGUACAGCGUUAAUUAGCCUGAGAUUGUGUUAAUAUUUGUAAAGUUCAUUUCACAUUGAUAUUGAGUUAUUUAAAUGUUCAAUGAGGAAUCGAUCGGUAGGAAUUAUUGAAUUCAAAUCGGCCACGUAAUUAUUGGUUCAAAUAGACAUAUAACUGUUCUUAUUUAUGUCAUGAAUUAAAUAUUUCACUCAAAGUAAUGAAGUUACUCUGCCCUUAUUGAUCAGCUGCAGAGACAGCAACGCAUGGACUUGCCUGCUCUCAGACAGAGGGUGUCUACAAAGGCCUUGGACUCAUCCAGCCUUCUCCAGGUGACAGCCAACAGGUAAGACAAUCCCACACAUAAGAGUCAACGUGUAAGACAAGUCCACACAUGACAGUCAAGUAAGACAAAUCCACACAUGUCAUUCAGGCCUACAAUUAACACACCAUUACAAUGGUGGGGUUAACGCAUGAUCCAAUAUUGUAGUUAUAGUUACUAUAUCAUCCCAAUGCUGUAAUUAACAGAUAAUACAAAUGGUUUACAGGGUGGGCCACAUGUAAAUAGCUCGACAACCGAGAUAUUAUGACAAGAUGAAUGAGCAAAUCCAAUGUUUCUAUGAUAAUGUGAUAUAUUAUAAUUUGUUCACUUUUUACCCAUAGGCUUCUACGCGGAAUGGUAUGUACGCCAACAACCAAAUGAAGACAUUAAUAGGAGGUCUUUAUGGCAAUGGCCGACAAGCUAUCUCUGCCUUCUUGAAACAAAACCUGGGACUGCUGUCCUCAAACUGUUGUGGAUGGCAUGUGGUUCCAGUCCGCCACUUCAGAAGUGAAUAUGUAUGUGGUCAAGUUAAACCUUUAGCUGCUACUUAUUCGAUCGAUCUAUAUGCCUGGUAUUUUCUUUAAAUUUAGAAUUUAAUUCCUUAAUUUUAAAGUAAAAGCAUGAACUUUGCCCCAGUGAACUUUGCCCCAGGCAACCAAUAGAAAGGAAAGAUGGCUGAAAGUUGGUGUACCAAUGUUUUCAAUCAAUAUUAUUUUGGUUUCAACGACUGUUGCUUUAGGAUUGUCCCUGCCAUUAGAUUCAAAUGAAAUGAUUGUGACAAUGGGUCUUCUGAUUCGCGCUUUCUUAUAUCACACAAUGUUUUAAGACAGAGAGGAUAAGGACAAUGAUUUCCAAAAAAACUUCACGGGGGAAUGAGUAUUACGCAAUUACAUCAGACCCCUGAAGAGAAUCGGACACACCGAGUGUAACUAAAGCGAUUGGCGCCAUUUCAUUGACAGCUCAAUUCAUGGUUUGAAAUUGGCUCUUUCAAGUGAUGACAAUAAAUAUGGUUCAAUUACAAUUGGCCAAUCAGCCAAGAUGAAAUAAAAAUAUAGCGUACAGCGCAAUCUUGUUGGACUUUGUAAUUUGUAAAAAUAAAUGACCUAAACCAAAGAUGGCUAAACUGAAGAUAGUUAUUUUUUUUUCCAUGGUUUACAAGUAACUCACAUAAAGUUUCCCUGCGUCUCAAGCCUUUUGGGAUAGUUGAGUCAAACAUGAACUUUGGGCAAAGAAAUAAUGAGUCAGUCUCCUAUAGAAUAGGCCUUUAUGGUGGCAUAGUAAUUGUGGACAGAGGACAAAAUGUCAGCCAUGAACCUUAAGUAAACACGAGAUAGAGUCAAUUCAGAACCUCUAUCUAUAAAGCUAUGUCUGAGUAGAAUCGGUCCAGCCAGUCCCUCUACCUAUAAAGCUAGGUCUGUGUAGAAUCAUUCUAGCACCACUACCUAUAAAUCUAGGUGUGAAUCUAGUGAAGCAGUUGAAUAAAGACACUGAGGGCUGACACUUUCGAUGAUCCACCAAUUAGACAACUUUUAAAUGACCCACAUUGAUACCAUCAAUGAAUGAAAUCGAAUUAUGUGCCUGUUCUUCAUUUUGUUUUUGUAUUCACUAGAUCUCAUUCCAGAGAUUCUUGGUGACUUAAGCAAAGGGUGAGAUGUCACAAUGAAAUAAGAGCAGUGGAACCCUAUUAACAAGGUGGAUAGGAUGUUGUUUAAAGCUUAGCACCAUUGACUUGGCGGCUCCAACCCUCGAAUAGCUGAAUAAUCUGUAAAUCAAAUGUUUUUGCUUUUGGUGGGAAUUGAGCACAGCUCAGUGACAGCCAUUUUGGUUGUCAUCAUUAGAAUUAUGUUUACUGCUUUAAAAUUAGCUUUUGUUCUGUAUUUCACAAAAAAUCUGGAGCUGGAAAACAGAUGCCAAUGUCGGAAUGAAUCAAUGGUAAAACUAAAAUGCACCCUGAAAAAUGGCUUGCAUUUGAGGCACUAAAAUGUUUUUUGGGCAGUGUCUGUGGGCCUUAUUUAGUUAAGGUACGCCACUGGACUUAAGAGGAAAACAAGCUUUAACUUUAAACCAUAUUGAAAAUUGCAUUUUUUUUCCAUAUUGAAAAUUGCAUUUUUUUCUCCUAGAUUUUUGUUUAAGUAAAAUUUGUUUAAAUUUAAAAAUUUCCUUAAUCCUCUUCAAGGUGACUGACUCAAGAGGAGUUACGUUUCCAUGUGUUUUGUCCACAACUGACCAGGAUCUUGUAAGAGCUGAGGCCUCGAAACUUCUUGCGAAAGAGUUAAAAAAGCUGAAUAUAACCUUUUUCGCACAAAUAGAUGCAAAAAAAACCUUUUCAGGUAAGACAAAGUGGUUGCUGGUUGUUUUUAUUCAUGAAAAUAAGUAAAUUUAAAAAAAAAUUUUCAACCACUCAUUUCUUUUACUUUUACAGAUUAAGAUCAUUGUAUAUUUUGGGGUAGGCCUAAAGUUUUGGCUUGUGUUUUUGUAUGUCAAUACACAGUUUCUUUUUAUGCUCACUUUUAGCAUAUCUUAAAUUGCUGCUUUCCUGAGUUUAAAUGAAAUAAGAACAAUGAUUUUAAAAGAUGCAGGUUACUAGAAUAGUAUCAUUUCCUAAGUCUAAAAAGACAUCCAUAAAUUGCCCAUAAAUCUCAACUGUAUCUUUCAGAGUUUCUGUAAAAUUUAAUACUAAUAGUUUCUUUCCAAAUAUUUUCAGAUAGAGGAUUAUUUGGCACUGCUCUGCAUGUAAUGGCAGAGAAGGAUCUCAAUGCAGGUCUCAUUUCUCCACAACUGCCAAUCCCUUACAUAUUUCAAUGGGUAUAUUUAUUAUUUAUUUUGUUGAGAAUUUAGAUUCACUUUUCAACGUAAACUAAUAAAUGCCAAGAAAAUUAUUGAAAUAUAAGACAAUACAUUUUUGUUUCUUUUAUUGUAGAUACCGUAUGUUCAUUUACACCACAUGUUCAUUUCCAUGGUCCAUGUAUUAUUAAUAUUAAAUUAGAUCUGGCCAUCUCUCAAUAAUGCCUAGAAACAUUAGAGCUUCACAAUGUAGUAUGGUACCACGCUGUCACCAAUAAUUUUAAUUAAUUCUUUUCCUACUUCUUUCCGAAAGAUGAUGCGGUACAUCUACGUCAAUGCCAAGGAAGCUGAGGAUAUUUUUGAAAAGCCAGAAGCUUCAACCAAAGUUGCUGUACGAAUAAUUGUAUUUGCCUUUAAGUCAUUACAAAACUUGUUUGAUCUGUAGCUUUUUUGUACAAGUCUGAACACAAAGAUGUCACAAUUGUGCCCCAAUGAAUUGUUUCUUCAAGUUGUUGGUCCUGUUGUUUGCAUAUUACCUUUAACAUAACCUACAGGGCAUUAUGGGAAAACUGAACAAUCCAUCAGAGCUAGGGACUUGGAGGGAAAACUUAGCAAUCUAUCAGAGCUGGUGACUUGGAUAGGGGAGGGGGUGGGAAUUGAAAACACCAUAACAGCUGGUGACUCAGAAAGAAAAUUUACAAUAAAUCAGAGCUUUGGAAUUGAAGACAUUAUGAGAUUAAUUUAUGAUAAUUAUUUAUUAUAAAUUUGAAUCUAUUUCUUUAGAAAUUAAAAGACGUGUUAAAGAGCAGAUUUCCUGCUGACCCAAAGAACUUUAAGUUGGGCAAUGAGUUCAAUGUUUAUGAUGUUGCUGCUGCCCUGAAAGCUUUAAUUGAUGAGCUUGAACUUCCCCUCAUUUCUUCAGAUGGCUUUCCCAGUUUUCCAAAUAUACCCCAAGAGAGUGAGUAGUAUAUUUAGUUUUACCCCACGUAUGAUUUUGAAAUGGGUGCUAAUGAUUUUUAAAAUUUGAUAAACAGAAUGGAAGCAAAAAAAAUUAUUGUUAAUUUAAAUCUAAGGAAUACAGGUAGACUCCAGGUGAUCAACUUAAAAAUACAAAAUUUACUAAGCAGACCUUUAAAAAAAAAAUUGGCAAGUUUUAUUUGAUUCUGUAUUGUAAAGAAGCCAAAUAUAAUGUUUUAUUUUUUUUAAAAACUUACUUAAGCUUGUUAAAAAGUUUUGAAAAAUGUGUCGGACAAAUAAAACAUGUACCCUUCAAAAAAUGAAGAUUGUCAAAAUGUAUGGUCAUGUAAUAUUGUUUUUUUUAUAAAAGAUAAAUGCUAUCAAUACGUUGUAAUUAAAAUGAUCUUACAAGUUGAUUUUUCUUUUCAGAACCUUCUUACCGCACAAAUAUAAGAGUGCUGCCUGUCUUUAUAAUGACCAUGAGAUCAGAACACAGAGACACAUUGCAGGUAAAUAAAAAUAUUAUUUCUUAGCUGAUUUCACAUGAACACUUCCCUGAUUUACAUUCUGUUGUAACAUUACUGUCCAUUAAUUUAAUUUUGAUGCUAGCUGUACUCCAGUUAUUUUUUGGAAACACAGUUUCCAUUCACAUAGCAUUCCAUCAUUCCGCCAUUAUUUUUUCCAUCUCAAAUAUUUAAUCAGGAUGUGGUCAUUUGGUGUUAGUUUUGUCCUUCUUGUUAAAGAUUUUAAAAAAAUACAUUCAUAGGCCUUAUAUGUUGCAGUUUAAAUUUAAAACCUGAGAGUUAAAGGAAUAAACAAAUAUUUCUUCGUCAUAAUGUCUCUGGUUUUUUGCUGGAUUCAGAACAAUUUUGUCAACUUUUCAGUUCCUAUAAGGAAAUAAUUGAACACUUAAAUAUUGAUAUUUUAAUUGGCCUCUUCUUUAUUAUUUUUUUUUUUUGCUUUUCCAAUACAGCUAUUGAUCACCCUGUUUAAUUCUACUAAGCCAUACCGUCACAAGAAUGAGACACUUAGUAAGAUUUUUGGACCUCUUUUGUUCAAGAAGCCAAUUGAAAAUCCAAAAGUUGAACCUUGGUUUCACAAACUUACUCGCGAUCUAAUUACAUCAAAUGAUGGAAUGUUUGAAGUAAGUUAGUCUUAAGAUCACAUUUAUAUCUAUGGAUAGUAGAUACUGUUAAUACUCCUGUUAAUGCUACCGUCAAAUGAUUUUUUUUGGGUGUGAUAAAGUGCAGAAACCAAUAACCUGGUGUUUAUUACUUUAAACAGGAAACAUGCUAGCAUUAUUGCAAUUGAUAACUCGCUCAGCGGUGGUAUAGGAAGGGGAGGAAGGUGCAGUGGGUGACAUCUAUUUAUUAAUAUUUAUGGGUGUCAUUUUCUGCAAAUAGGCCUACCUAUUUUUUAUUUGUGGAGGAGGGGUUACAAAAAUCUUGGCCCAUCCCGGAUGGUACAAUCCUAGCUAAAGCACUGCUCCUCAGUCUUUGUUUUAAAUGUUCUGGGUGUACUGUUAAAAGAAAUGACACCUUCUGCUAAAAGUUUUUGAUAAUUUUUUCACUUCAUUUUUUUUUUGGUAAUUAAAAGAAUAAAACAUUUGGUGAGGACAUUGCGUCUAUUUUUGUCCACAGUUUAUAGCAAUCCCUGAAUAAGGCCUAAUAGCUUUACUUCAGAAUGGGCCAAUCCCUGAAUAAGGCCUAAUAGCUUUACUUCAGAAUGGGCCAAUCCCUGAAUAAGGUCUAAAAGCUUUACUUCAGAAUGGGCCAAGUCAUCAAUUUCAUUAGAUUAAUUAUUCUCUAAUAUGAAUGACUUUAUCUUUAGGUACCACAGUCAAUAAUGAAAGCAAUCAGACGACAUCGCACAGAAAAUAAAAUGGAUGCCAAACCUAUGAAUUUUGUAUGUAGGCUAAACAUAUUCUAAAAAUUGUACAAAUUUAAGCACAAAUGCCAGCUUUUUUAAAUAAACGGUGCAUAAAUAAGAAAACUUAUGAAUUCCUUAUUAUUUUCAUUAUAAAAUAUCUUAUUUGUCAAGUUCGCCUGCAACAUAAUUUGGUGUUUUUGGUAAUCAUUUGAGUGAUAUUUCUAGAAGCCGUAAAUAAAAAUGAGGGACACCAAUAUGAAAUGUAUUGAUGCCUUUUAUUUUGACCAAUUUUUAUAAAUUAUAAUUUUUCAACUGCUACUCUUAAGUAGAUUUUAAACACAGUUGACUGAAUACUUAACAUUAACAAGCUCUAUGUGAUGGUUGGGUCUGGGGAUUCCUCAUCCUUUAAAUAAAGUAGGCAAGAGCAAAUUUGAGCAUUCAAUUCAAUUUGUUGUAAAAUCUUAAAAAUAAAAUAAUAUUUGUGAUAACACCAGGAACGCCAGACCAACCUACCUCCACGAAUGCUCAUAGAUAUGAAAGGAAAAUGCUUAGAAGUCUGCUUGGUAUGUCAUUGGGUUGAUAAAUUGUUUGAUAACUUUCCAGGAACAUAAACAUCUUCCUCUCCGCCUUUAUUAAAAGUAAUAUGUAACUUUUUGUAAUAAUAUUCUUGCCUAGGCUUAUUUAUUAUUACAGUAAUUACUGUUACUUUAUUAUAAAUUUGUCAAUUUUGAAGUGUUAUUCCUAUAAAUUUGCUCUUCUUAUAAUUUUAUCAAGGCUGAACUGAGCAAUGCUCAGAUCCUAGUUAAUGCCCCGUCACUACUCUGUUCUAAGAAAAUUCCAGUUACAUCUGAAACAACAGCUGAGGAAAUAAUAUCCACAGUUAGUGAAGGCACUAGGUAAGCUAUAACUUAUCAAGACUGUAAGUGCAUUCUGUUUGAAAAUAAGGCUGAUUCUUAACUGGGAGUAAAGGCUGAUUAUGAACUGGGAGUAUAGGCUGAUUAACUGGUAGUAGGGCCUAUAGGCUGAUUCUUAACUGGGAGCAUAGGCUGAUUCUUAACUGGGAGUAUAGGCUGAUUCUUAACUGGGAGUAAAGGCUGAUUAUUAACUGGGAGUAUAGGCUGAUUCUUAACUGGGCGUAUAAGCUGAUUCUUAACUGGGAGUAUAGGCUGAUUAACUGGGAGUAGGGCUAUAGGCUGAUUAUUAACUGGGAGUAGGCCUAUAGGCUGAUUAUUAACUGGGAGUAUGGGCUGAUUUUCAACUGACUAUUAGGGCAAUGUUUCGCCUCACUGAAGGAUAAAUUGUUUGGAUGGACUUAGUUAGGAAGCCCUAACAAUGGCUUAGAAAUCAUACAUUUUUACUAAUCUUAAUAAUAUCUAGUCUGAACAUUUCACAAGUAUUGAAAGGGCACUAGGACAGAAAAUUGAAAUGGCACUAGGACAGAAUAUUGAAAUGGCACUAAGACAGAAUAUUGAAAUGCCACUAAGACAGAAUAUUGAAAUGGCACUAAGACAGAAUAUUGAAAUGACACUAAGACAGAAUAUUGAAAUGGCACUAAGACAGAAUAUUGAAAUGGCACUAAGACAGAAUAUUGAAAUGACACUAUGAUAGAAUAUUGAAAUGGCACUGGCACUGAACCAGAAUAUGAUAGAAUAUUGAAAUGGCACUAAGAAAGAAUAUUGAAAUGGCACUAAGACAGAAUAUUGAAAUGGCACUGAAACAGAAUAUUGAAAUGGCACUGAAACAGAAUAUUGAAAUGGCACUAAGACAGAAUAUUGAAAUGGCACUGAAACAGAAUAUUGAAAUGGCACUUAGACAGAAUAUUGAAAUGGCACUUAGACAGAAUAUUGAAAUGACAGUCAAAAGUAGAGAGCUGGUAAUUGGGCAUUUAUUUUUCAAUAAAUUUGUUCACCCCAAAGUGUUUCCCAUAGAGAGACAGGUAGAGGAGUUAUUAAAGAGCCAAGACACUAAAUGUAUUUCAUCAUCUCAUUAAUAUAUGACAGCUGCAGUGAAAGGAAAUAGGAAGUCCUUGCAAUACUUGGAGGGAGACGUUUUUGAAGGGACCUGGAUAAGCAAGUUAAUUGGUAGCCAAUCACACCAGGAGAUGGGGAAAUUAAGUGGUAGCCAAUCGCACCAGGAGAUGGGGAAAUUAAUUGGUAGCCAAUCGCACCAGGAGAUGGGGAAAUUAAGUGGUAGCCAAUCGCACCAGGAGAUGGGGAAAUUAAUUGGUAGCCAAUCACACCAGGAGAUGAGGAAAUUAAGUGGUAGCCAAUCAAACCGAGACAUAAGAAAGUUAAUUUAAUUGGUAGCCAGUCACACUGGGACAUAAGAAGGUUAAUUGGUAGCCAGUCACACUGGUAUAUAAGAAAGUAAUUGGUAGCGAAUUACACCAGGAUAUCAAAAAGUUAAUUGGUAGCCAAUCUCUCCUGGAGAUAAGGAAGUUAAUUGGUAGUUAACCACACAAGGAAAUGAGGAAGUGAAUUGGUAGCCAAUCAGACUGGACAAAUGGAAUUUAAUUGGUAGCAAAUCACACCCGGACAUCAGAAACUUAAUUGGUAGCCAAUCUCUCCUGGAGAUAAGGAAGUUAAUUGGUAGUUAACCACACAAGGAAAUGAGGAAGUGAAUUGGUAGCCAAUCAGACUGGAUAAAUGGAACUUAAUUGGUAGCCAAUCUCACCGGGAGAUAAGGAAGUUAAUAGGUAGCCAACCAGCCCACCACACCCGGAGUUGAGAAAGUUAAUUGGUAGCCAAUCACUCCGGGACAAAAGGUAGUUAAUUUAAGUCAAUGAGAAGCGUACCAUGGACAUAUGGCGCUACACCCUGGGCUAUGCUUCUGUACUCAAUUCACUAUGCAGAGCAGGAAGAAAAAACAAGCCUAUGAUUAAGAGUCAUUAUAUAAGAAUGUGGAAUAAUUUAAUGGGGGGCAACAUUUUAAUGGUUGAUCUGGCAAGGGCCUAAUUCAUUUAAUUAUCUGCAGAUCUGUAGGUCAUUACAUUAAUGAUUUCAAGGCAGAAGUGUUGACCCCAAAAGAUCCAAAGGCCAAUGACAGUGCGGAUCCAUUACACCUGUAUGAAGUUGGUGGAAACAUAGGUGAGCUUAAAUAACUAGAAAAUAGUAAAACUGCUUAAACGUUCCAAGCAGAUAACAUACUGACUACCAGGGUAUUUUAGAGCACAGUAACAGCUCUUUUCAAGCUUGUUUGCUUCCUCUAUGGAUAAUAGGAAUAGUAAUAUUUAAAAGAAAAUAAAUCCUUUAAAGAUCAAGUUGAUAGGCCUAUGUUAAACAAACAUUUAUCCUAUUAUGAAUGUUGAUUUGAUUUAACUAACAAACAUUGCUCUAUUACAGAUGAAAGGUGCCUGCACCCUAUUACAAACAUGCUUGAAGUUUACAAGGCAAAUCCCAGUGCUGAGUUCUGGAUCAAGACAUGGCAGAAAAAUGUACCAAAAGUAACAAGUUAGGUUUCCAAUUGCAAAAUAACUGACAAGAUUGUGAAUUUAUCCCUGGUAUUUUAUUUUAACUUUCAUUAUCAAAUUUUGAAGACUUAAUGGAAAAGGCACCCAAAUGACAGUACUAAGUUGUAUUAGGGAAAGCCCCUUAACUGUCACUUCUAGGAAAGUCUCAACUGACACUCCUAGGGAAUUCUCUCAACUAAAACCAUCCAUCAAUGCUAAGUUGAAGAAAUAAAUGAAAUGCCAACGAGAAAUUAAAUGUAACCUGUAAUUUGUAUUACUUAAAAAGAUUUUAAAAAUUUAAUUAAAAAAUACCACAUUUUUUUUUACAUUGUUUUGGCAGCAUUUUUAUGCUGGUAAGCCUAAAUGAACACAAUUUUUAUUUUGUAUUACAGAAUAAAAUAUUUGAAUUGGAU